AUGGUCCAGCGUUUGUUGAAUGUGAGCUUCGACACAGAUCGCUUCCUCGCUUUGGUAACACAUGGUGGAAAAAAUUUCCCCGACAAGGAAGGAAGAAAAUGGGUUAACGACCAUUUCAUGGUUACUAUCCAGCUCUCCAUCCUCUACGUCUGCGUAGUCUUCGGUCUAAAAUACCUCAUGCGUAAUAGGCAGCCAUUCUCACUAUUCGUACCCUUGAACAUCUGGAACUUUAUCUUAGCCACAUUUUCCAUUAUCGGAACGAUUAAGCUCACACCCGAGUUCUGGAACACAGUCGUCAACAAAGGAUGGCAAAGUGAGUUUUCCAAUCGUUAUAUUGCUUUCCUAAAUCGCAACUCUAAAAUGUUGCGUUGGAAGUUCAAGGUCGACUUAGCGCGCUCGGUUAUCUAA